GGCUACUCCAGUGGACAGCAAAGUCAGCUGACGACUUUCGACUCCUCUGCCUCUGCUGAAGUGAUUGUGUUGGGGGUUUUUUAGAUUUCAUUAAUCAAUGUUUCAAGUCUAUGCUGCAUUACUGUCUUGUGCAUAAAAUUUCACUUUUAUUCCAAGUAAUAAAUGACCAUCUUCAUGACUUUAAAGCCCAAAUUAUCAGUUCAUACUGUGCUGAUGCCGGUGAAUGAAGUUUCGGAACAGAACACAGUGUCCUCAUCAAUUCAAUUUCAAAGCCCUCUUCUGCUGCGUGAACCUUGAGAAUCAAGACCCUGAGAAAAUCUUCUAUAGCCUACUAGAAUCUAGAUCUACCCAUCAAUACGUUAACUUUUAAAGGCUGAUAUUUCAAAAAUAUUGCUGUUGCAAGACCUGCUUGCUCAAAUGGAAAGUCAAUACAAAACUGUUGUUCAGGGUGAAGCUUCAGAGUCAGAUGAAGAAGAAGAGUUGUCGUCCUCUUCGCUGUCGGAGCCGAGAGCUGUGGUGGUUGAAGGAGAGGCAUCUGAGUCUGAGGAAGAAGAACUAGACUCGAGUGGAAAAUCCAUUCCACCUGCUUUGCCACCUAUUAAAUCAUUAAAUGAACAUUCUUCAUCGUACGAGUCUAUAGACAGUAUCACUAAUGUUCCCACUCUUGCUCCAAGACAGGCAUGGAAACCAAAGUAUGACACAGUGCUGAAUCGCAAAUUAUGGGAAAGCAAUUUAUCACUCUGCAAUAAUGCGAAUGGUAUUGCAAGUCAGGCCUACCUUUCGGCUGCCAAAGAUAUUACCAACUGUGCGCAGCAGCUGUCAAAGUCACAUGGUGCCAUUCAGGAUGUGUCGCACAAUUUGAGGCUACUUACCAAUGACCUCUUCAACCUGGAUGACCGCACCGACAUCAUAAUUUCCUGUAAACUGUUGCCUGAUAUUCAGCUACCUCAAGGCAGGAGGACAGUUCCCCCUGCAUCGCAGCAGGCUGCUGGUGGACCCAGUGACACGUCCCAGCAAGCCUCUGACACUAGUUCCACCUAAUAAUACUUUGUUUGUUCUUAACUGUACUCUUCAGACGGGAUGGGACCAUUGCAAUGUCUUUCAGUACCUAUCAAACUAUGGAAACAUACCAAAGUUCCCAGCAAUAUAACUGUGCAUAUUUUCUUCCAUUGUACCUGGUGAUGAGUGAUGUAAGUCUUAUUGUAUGAAAUAUCAUUUCCUUUUUCUGAGUAUGAAAAGAUUGUACAAACAUGUUGCAACUUAUCAUUCUGUACAUGAUGUACCCACUGAUAAUUCCAGUGAAAUGCCGUGCAUUUUUUAGUGACUUACACAGUAUGUUUAGGAUAGUAAGUAAAUUGCAUAAUAUUACUGUUAUGUAGUGCUCUCUACACUUGCAUUCCACCUUUCUUUCUACCGCCUACCUUUUUAUCACAUAAGAAAUUUGACUCUUCUUGCUUGUAAUUUACUUCAAUAUAGAUAAAUUUUGAAAUUCUUUCAUUUCCCAUUCGUGUAAUGUUCCUUUUCUUUUUACGUACUAUUUUUGUACAGUUUUACACCUCUUCUCAACACACAAGAGGUCAUAUCAAAGACGGAGCGCUUGGUAAUGCAAUCCUGCGCUGAAAUGAAAUAUUCCAGAAAGAAACAGAAGAAUGCUGCUACUUUUGAAAGGAAACAUUGAACUCCUGUGUACGCUGGCAUUAUCAACUUACAUAAAUCUCUGCAUUGUUGUUAUAUUUAAUGUGCAAUUUCUCCCACAAAUUUGCUUUUUUCAUGUGUUAUUAGUGUAAAACAUUUACUACCAUGAUCAA